CUCCCACCGCUGUUUUUCCAGCCGUCGAUCGAGCGUUUCACUGCCGUAGCUGCCAACGAGCCAACCAGCCAUUGCCAUCCUUUGGUUUCUCUCAAUCUCUCGCCGCCACGGCCAUACUCUCUAAAGUGCUUCUAGACGCUGUCCUCCCAGCUGCCUGAUUACCGCUACAUCUUUCCCCAACUCGCGAUUUCCCACGACUCGCUCUGCUCGCAUGUUCUCCAACCUGCGAGGCCGGUUAGGGUCCGGCUCGAGCAGCAGCGGAUCGGCCGAGCAAGCGCAAAGCCCUCGGUCUGCAGGCAGUGGGAUACCCAGCGGGAUUCCAGCUGCCUUCGACAAGCCUUUACCGGUGCCGCACAGUUCGGGUCGGACGGGGCUGCCGACGCCAUCACCAUCCCCAAUAUCCGCCCUACCCACGUCAGCGUCUACCUCAAGUCUUGCACCGAAGAGUCGUCUUAUGUCGCCGUCGAAACUAUCAAAGCCGCCAUCUUUGCUGCCAACGGUCACGCUGACGAGUGCGGGUGGAGCGUCGUCUCCGGGCAUCCCGAAAUCCACGUCGUUCAAUUAUGGUCAGUUCGACACUCAAAGCAUACCAGGGGCAGGAGCGGAUGGUGAAUCGGAUUCGAUCUCGGGAGACGCUUGUCAAGUUGUCGUGAGGAUGAGGCCAUUGACGCAUGCAGAAGAAAACGCCCAUCUCCGAACGGUAUGGGAUAUCGACCACCAGUAUAAUCGUGUGUCGCUAUCAGCGGAACAUGCCGAGUAUAGUAGGAAGGCGCCUGCCGAGUUCUACUACGAUGCUGUGUUGUGGGGAAGUGACAAUAAGGAUCUCUAUGAAGCUUCCGCAAAGAGCGUGGUGCGGUCAGCGAUGGAAGGAUACAAUGGGACGGUAUUUGCCUAUGGGCAGACGGCGAGUGGAAAGACCUACAGUAUGAUGGGAUUGGAUGAACAGCCAGGAGUGAUCCCGCAGGCAGUCGACGAAAUCUUUGCUUACAUCCGUGAGCAAAGCGCGGAUCGCGAAUAUUUGCUGAGGGUCUCCUAUAUGGAGAUCUACAAUGAGACGAUACGGGACCUGCUAUCUCCUGAGCAGACGGAUUUACGCAUCCACGAGGACCGCAAACGAGGAGUUUUUGUUUCGCCAUUGAAGGAGGAGAUUGUGACGAAUCCGCGGCAGGUGAUGCGAGUUAUCCGGAAAGGAGAGGAGAAUCGCCACUUCGGAGCAACCGACUACAACGAGCACUCGAGUCGGAGUCACACUAUCUUUCAGAUGGUGAUUGAGAGUAGGGAACGGGGACAGAGCGGGACGAGCACCCCGACGAUUCCUCGGCCGGACAAGAAUCGUGGUACGGUCACUAUCUCCCAGCUUAAUUUAAUCGACCUGGCGGGAUCCGAAAAGGCGACAACAGACACAGAUAGGAGGAAGGAAGGAGCGUUUAUCAACAAGUCGCUGCUCACGCUAGGAACGGUUAUCUCGAAACUCACUGACGGCAAAGCCGCUGCCGCUACGGCACAUAUACCCUACCGAGACUCCAAGCUUACCAGGAUCCUCCAAUCUUCACUAUCCGGCAACGCCCGCAUUUCAGUCAUCUGCACCAUCAGCCCCUCCGCGAACAACACGGAAGAAACGCAGAAUACCCUCAAAUUCGCGUCUCGAGUGAAGAAGGUGACGGUGAACGCACAUGCGAACCGGGUCGUUGACGAGAAAGCCCUGCUGCAGAAGUACAAGCAGGAGAUCGAGGAGCUGCGUCAACAGCUAUCGGCGACCAACGAGCUUCUGGAACGCGAGCGGCGGCAGCAACAGACUACGGAGGCUGACAAUGACCGAAAGCGUUAUGAGGAGGAAUUGAUGGAAAGUCAAAUAGCCAGCACAGCGAUGAAGGAACGGCUGGACCAUUUGACGAACUUGAUCCUGACCAGUAAGACGAUCACGAAAUCGCAGCUGCUGGAUUGGAGCGCGCCUACCGACCCACAAUCGCAUCGGAAUUCGGUAAUGAUGGAAGACGGGCUGCUACCCAGCAGCCCGAACAUGAACGCCAAACGAACCGCCUCAACAACAAGUCCCAACAAACUCUCCCCCUUCAACGACAAGGAGUUUCUGAAGCGGCAUAUCCGCGAGAUCGACCAACGCGACGAAAAGAUCCGCCAGAUGGAGUUCCUCGUCAUGCAACUCAAAGCGGCGACCGCCAAGGACGGAAACAGCGCCUGCCUGCGCGCCAUCGAGAUGUACGAGAUGACCUCCGGGAAGAGCGUGGAGAGCGUGAGCACCCUCGUCGCCGAGCGAGACAAGGCCGUGACGCACAUGCACGAGGUUGAGCUGCUCCGUAACGAGAUGGAGGAGCGGAUACGCGAUCUGGAAGCCACGAUUGGGGAUAGCAUAUCUGGUGAUUAUCCUGCUGGCCCGAGCGCGACGGAUCUCAAGCGGUUGACGGAUAACAACCGGGCGUUGAAAUUGACGAUCAAGAAUCUGCGGGCGGAGAUGGAGAAGGUGAAAGGAGGUUCGGGAAGCAGGGAUUCGGGGGAUAGUAGCAGCAGUAGCAGGUUUACGAAAGAGCUGCAACAAACGAUCUCGAAACAGAGAGAGGAUAUAGAAUCGCUGCAGAAUGAACUCGCGUCCGGGCAACGAACCAUCCAAUCCCUCCGCGACAGCAUCCGCAUGCUCGAACUCUCCAAUGACAUGUUUGUGCAGUCCGCGUCGAGAGCCAACUCGCCUACACCGGGAUCGUCGUCUGCGAACGAUCAACUCACGCGAACGAGGACCCAGUCGUCGCAAUCGUCGGAAAAGUUAGUUCUGGAUCUGGAGGGCGCGUUGGAGCGUGAACGGAAACUGAGAGGGGAGGAGAACCGGACGGCUAUUGAGCGGAUUGCGGGGUUGGAGGCGGAAUUGGCGUGUAUGAAGGCGGAGUUGGGUGUGUUGUCGCUGGUGGGUGGGUACACCAAGAAUGAUGGACAGAAUUAGGAUCCCUGCCCACCCGAAGGCGGAACUGGGGACGCAUUUGGUCGAGGCUAGUACAUUUACUG